UUUAAACCAUAGCUAGUAUAGUAGUGUCGUGAUGAAUCAGCCUUAAAACAACGGCUUUAUUUAAUAGUGGAGUGAUGAAGCAGCCUUACAACCACAGCCAUCGUACAAUUGGUGUGAUGAAGCAGCUUUAAAACCCUGGCUAUCGUAUUAGUGGCGGCAGUGUUUGAAUGUUAUCUUAGACAUUCAAUCACUGCAUAAAAGAACCAUUGAUUGAAUAAUUAAUAGCAACUGUAGCAAAUGGAUCAUUUAAUGUCAGAGUGUAUAGUAGCUAAUGUGCGCUCUGACAACUAAAAAGUUCAUAUUUCGACAUAAAUGUUGACGAUUUAUGCGUUUACACAAAUUGAAUCGCGGAAUUAGUAUUUCUUCUUCUGAUAAUGUUUGCGUUAUUCGCGUUUGGAGAUUGUGCAACAGUAAAAUGUUUACUUCUAGGUUGUAUUUGAAAAUAAUAGUGCUGAAAAGAUUACAUGUUAUACUAAGGUAUUAGGUUUGACAAUCUUAAAUCAAUUUAUCGUUUGAAUAAACAUAAUUACUAAUUUCAUAUAGGUACUUCUCAUUUUAACACUGACUUUAUAUAGAUUUUUUGGAUAUAUGUUUUUUACGAAAGUCUAAUUGCCUGAAGUAUGUCACCCAUGGGGACGAACGGUUUAGAACGAAGUGCUUGUAAAAGCGGAUGCUUUUUGAUGUUUUACAGGUUAUUUCGAAUGAACAUUCACACCAUGGAUUUCCGAGGUUAAAGUGAUUGAAUGUCACAGUGUCUGUAUGGUUCAAUCUCAAUCAAAAUCUUUCAGUGAUUGUAUCCAGAGAGAAAGUAACCAUUUAUAAGGAAUUGAAAUCAAGGUUGCAAUGUAGUCGCAAUUUAAUGUAACCGGCAAAAGGUCUAAAAAUAUUUUAUAACGUUAAGAUUAAAAUUUAGUCUGGCCAGUAUUACUAAACACACCAUGGGAAAUAAUUUAAAAUUGUUUCUUAACACUCUGGACUGAAUUAUUUUAUUGUGAUGUUGCACGGAACGAAAAUUCAUCAGUACGGAGUAUGUGCAUAAAACACUGAGUGGCAAUAAAAAUGACAGUUGAUUUCCGAUUACCCCCAAUACACACUCCGGUGAUUUUGACUGACCCAUAUAAAGGCAGCCAUGUAUUAAGAUGGAGCAAGUCGCGUGGCAAUCCUGGCGACAUCAGCGUGCGAUCCCAACAUCCGGUAAGUCGGGAGGCAUCGUUCACAAUGUCCCUGGACGACGACGACCUCUGCUCCACAAGCACUCCCUACCGGCUGCCCCGCUUGUCCCCCGGAGGCGCCGACAGCCCCUCCCCCGACCUUGACCGGACCCAGGAGGAUCUCCGGUCGCCCGUGCACGAUAAAGUGUGGAGCCGGCACGGAUAUGAGAAAAUUAUCAGAAUUCCAGAGUUGGGACCGCAGGUUCGAAUGCUGAUCCCGCCCUCAAAAUUGCAGGCCAGUCACGUGCAAGCGCCCUCAAAGACGCCGCGUUUCAAAAACGCCGCCAUCACGCCGUCGGUUCGCUCCCUCGCAUGGAACGCAGAUCGACCAGAAGAUGUGCACCUGCAUCUGUGUGACGUAAGUCGUAUAUCACGUGGUCCCGAGGACGACCUUAUACCCCGCUUCUCUCGCCUCGAGCCGACGCCGACGCCAAUCUCCCGAAGCCAGUCGCCGGCGAAAUCUGUGAAGAGCAUACACUGGAUACUCGGACACAACAGAUAUCACACGUUUGAUAAGAAGGGUCGAGGUCAUAUACAAGGCCCCUAUUCGCGUGAAUUCAACGUCACGUGUAUGGCCCCUCAGAACUGGCUCAAGAUGAAGUGGGGGCGCUCUAAAACCAUGAUACACUAGCAGCGAACCGUGAGGCAAACUGGAUCACUGAUGUUCCGUUUUUAGACAUCGCGGAAAAUAACUUUGGGACGACUUAUCCGGUAGAUUGCCAUUCACUUCCAGAACUUUUAUACAGAUGGAACACCUUAGGUUUAGCACUUCGAUUCCCAUUCGAAAAACAAUGCGCUGUUUGCACUAGUGUUAUACGAAUUACAACAAAAUGGAACAACACGUGGUAGAAAUAUUUUGACGUUCUAAACUGCUCAUGCAAAACGCCGAAGGUUUCAAUUGGUUUAAUUACCGGAUGAAUGAAACUGUGCAUUUUCAUGUUUAUCUAUUGAACAAAACGUGUUCACCAAUUGGAAUACCAUUUCUUUUACUUGGAGCGUUUUGUAUUGAGAACAACGAGAACAAAUGCCUACAAUCAGUAAUAACAUGUGAAUGAGCGAAUUUCCAAUGUAUUAUUAGUUUUGCGUUAAAAAAAUGUGAUUGAAUGAUUGGUAUUGUUUAAAAAUAAUAGCGCUGGCAUGGUAUGUUGGCGUCGAAGUG